CUACCAAAUCGGAUGAUCAUCCCUCUAUUCUAUCUAAUCUAACACUAUUAAAAUCCCCUCAUUGACCCAAAAUGAGGAUUGAAGACGGUGUGGAAGAAGUAUCAGCUUCCAGAAAUCAUCUUGUAUUCGCUUAUUAUGUUACUGGUCAUGGCUUCGGUCAUGCCACACGUGUUGUUGAGGUUGUUCGCCAUCUAAUUCUUGCUGGCCAUGAUGUCCAUGUGGUGACUGGUGCACCGGACUUUGUGUUCACUACUGAAAUACAAUCUCCACGACUUUUCCUUCGGAAGCUGGUUUUGGACUGUGGAGCUGUUCAAGCUGAUGCUUUAACGGUGGAUCGACUUGCCUCCUUGGAAAAGUAUUCUGAGACAGCUGUUGCACCUCGUGCUUCUAUUUUGGCUACAGAAGUUGAGUGGCUAAACUCCAUCAAGGCAGACUUAGUGGUAUCGGAUGUUGUUGCAGUUGCUUGCCGUGCAGCAGCUGAUGCGGGUAUACGAUCAGUUUGUGUAACGAAUUUCAGUUGGGACUUCAUUUAUGCGGAAUAUGUUAUGGCUGCUGGAUAUCAUCAUAGGUCAAUAGUUUGGCAGAUAGCCGAAGACUACUCACAUUGUGAAUUCCUGAUUCGUCUACCUGGAUACUGCCCAAUGCCUGCUUUUAGGGACGUGAUUGAUGUACCUUUGGUUGUGAGGAGACUGCACAAAUCACGCAAGGAGGUGAGGAGCGAAAUGGGGAUUAGUGAGGAUGUGAAGCUCGUUAUACUCAAUUUUGGUGGACAACCAGCAGGUUGGAAGCUAAAAGAAGAGUACUUGCCUCCCGGUUGGCUCUGCUUGGUUUGUGGGGCAUCUGAGCGCGAGCUUCCUCCCAAUUUCAUAAAGCUUCCAAAAGACGCCUAUACCCCUGAUGUCAUGGCAGCAUCAGAUUGUAUGCUUGGGAAGAUUGGAUACGGAACUGUUAGUGAAGCUUUGGCGUACAAAUUACCUUUUGUCUUUGUGCGCAGAGAUUAUUUCAACGAAGAACCAUUUUUGAGAAAUAUGCUUGAGUAUUAUCAAGGUGGUGUUGAGAUGAUAAGGCGGGAUUUACUCACGGGCCAUUGGAGACCGUACCUUGAACGAGCGACUAGUUUGACACCGAGUUUUGACGGUGCGGUGAAUGGUGGUCAGGUGGCAGCUCGUAUUUUGCAGGACACAGCUAACGGAAAGAAUUACGCAUCAGAUAAACUUAGUGGAGCAAGGAGAUUACGGGAUGCCAUAGUUCUAGGAUAUCAAUUACAAAGAGUUCCCGGAAGAGAUAUCAGUAUCCCGGAAUGGUACGCGAGUGCCGAGAAUGAACUUGGUCUUCGGACGGGAUCACUUUCAGUCGAUAGUAAUAAUUCUAGCUUACCCCAGAAUUCAGACGCCGGGGACUUUGAUAUUCUUCAUGGCGAUGUUAUGGGUCUUCCCGACACAAUGAGUUUUUUGAGGAGUUUGGCAGAAUUAGAUGCUGUAUAUGAUUACGAAAAGAAUACUGAAAAACAUCAUGUUCGAGAGCGAAAGGCUGCUGCCGGCCUUUUCAAUUGGGAGGAAGAUAUAUACGUGGCAAGAGCGCCUGGAAGAUUGGAUGUUAUCGGAGGAAUUGCUGACUACUCUGGAAGUCUCGUUCUGCAGAUGCCUAUUAGAGAAGCUUGUCAUGUCGCUGUGCAAAAAAUCCAGCCGGGUAAACAACGGCUCUGGAAGCAUGCCCAGGCUAGACAGCAUGCCAAAGGACAGGGACCGACACCCGUGCUCCAAAUUGUGUCAUAUGGGUCAGAACUAAGCAACCGUGGUCCGACUUUUGACAUGGAUUUAUCGGAUUUCAUGGAUGGUGAUCAGCCAAUUUCCUAUGAGAAGGCCAAAGGUUACUUUGCCCGUGAUCCGUCACAACGAUGGGCUGCGUACGUUGCUGGCACCAUUCUUGUUUUAAUGAAAGAAUUAGAUAUCCGAUUCGAAAGCAGCAUUAGCAUGCUGGUUUCUUCGGCUGUUCCAGAAGGGAAAGGCGUCUCCUCUUCUGCCUCCGUGGAGGUAGCUAGCAUGUCAGCCAUAGCUGCUUCUCAUGGCUUGAAUAUCAGUUCAAGGCAGCUUGCUUUGCUCUGCCAAAAGGUAGAAAACUCUGUUGUUGGAGCUCCAUGUGGUGUGAUGGACCAGAUGGCUUCUGCUUGUGGUGAAGCUAACAAACUUCUUGCAAUGGUUUGCCAGCCUGCUGAGGUAUUAGGGCUGGUGGACAUUCCGAGUCAUAUACGGUUUUGGGGAAUUGACUCGGGUUUACGGCACAGUAUUGGCGGUGCUGAUUAUGGAUCGGUGAGAAUAGGAGCCUUCAUGGGUCGGAAAAUAAUAAAGUCGACAGCAUCUGUAAUGUGUUCGAAAUCAUGUCCAAAUGGUAACGGGAGUAAUCCCGAUGAAUUGGAAGAGCAUGCGAUCGAAUUGCUCGAGGAUGAAGCUUCUUUAGAUUAUUUAUGCAAUCUAACACCUCACAGAUUUGAAGCCAUCUAUUCUAAGGACCUACCGAGUACUAUGAAUGGUGAAGCGUUUUUGACCAAAUACAAUAAUCACAACGAUCCAGUUACAACGAUUGAUAAAAAACGUUCGUAUGGAGUCAAAGCAGCCACCAGGCAUCCCAUAUACGAGAAUUUCCGUGUCAAGGCCUUUAAAGCACUACUAACAUCGGCUUCAUCAGAGGAGCAACUCACUGCUCUUGGAGAACUUAUGUAUCAGUGUCACUACAGCUAUAGCGCUUGUGGGUUAGGAUCAGAUGGGACGGAUCGACUUGUUCAAUUGGUUCAAGAAAUGCAGCAUGGCAAACCAUCUGCCUCUGGUGAUGGAACCUUGUACGGUGCAAAGAUCACCGGUGGCGGAUCCGGUGGCACCGUUUGUGUGAUUGGCCGGAAUUGUCUCAGAAGCAGUGAACAAAUCCUUCAGAUUCAACGGAGAUACAGGAAUGCAACAGGGUACAUGCCGUUUUUGUUUGAGGGUUCGUCACCAGGUGCAGGAAAGUUUGGUCAUCUGAGAAUUCGUCGUCGUGCUGCCCAAAAGCAAGAUUAGUUCGUUGGGUUAUCACACGAAAAAUAAGGAUCUUUAUCAGUCCAUCAUAAUCUCAUUAGAAACAAAAUAUGAUAUUUCUCCACGCUAUUAAUGACUUGGACGUGAUAAUUAACGUUUCUACGCGUAUCUUGGUCAUCGUUAUUAUACACGAGAUACCUAUUAUAUAUUUACAUAUACCCUACAACUGAGUAAAUUGCAAAUUUCGUUUUUAUGGUUUAUUCUUUUCAUUGGUUUGGCUUUGUU